AUGGCUUUCAAGAGCAGGCUUUUUAAAAUUUUGAAGAGGAAGUUUGAUGACGGUGUCGUCGACUCGCCUCUAAGCUUCAAGUACGUCAACCAACUUCUGUUCAUCAUGAGUUCCAUGGGCUCAUGGCCCCACAAACAGUUCGGUCGCCACAAACUCCAUACUGCUCUAUCGCUGUAUAAUAUCCUACUUCAAGGCGUCUGUGCUUUGAUGUUCGUUUUUGGGUUGCUAUAUUGGAAUCAGAGGAGGGAAAAUAUGUCGUUUUUCGAUUCAGGGCACAUAUUUAUGUGUAUGCUUUUUGAUCUUUUGGUUUUGCUAAGAUUAGUGGUGGCUCGGACGAUAAAAUAUCAAGAAAUUAUUAAGGACUUUUUGCUUGAGUUUCACCUGUUCUACUUCAAACAUCGAUCUUCAUAUGCUGCAAAGGUACACGCGCAGAUUCAUACCAUAUCAGGAAUGUUCAGUUUUUAUGUCAUAUGUCAAAUGGCCAGUGGUGCAUCAUUAUUCGUGUUGAAGCCUUUGUACAACAACUACAAUAAUGGCAUGUAUGGCAAAAACAGGCCAGAUAAUAACACCUUCGAAAAUUCAGCCUAUUACUACCUACCUGAUGCUUGUUACACGACUGUAAAAGGUUACUGGAUAUUAUUCGCUUUCAAUUGUUUCACAUCUUACAUCGUGUGUGUUGGUCUCUUCGAGUUUGACCUUCUAAUUAGUUUGAUGGUGUUCCAAAUUUGGGGCCACCUUAAAAUUUUAAGACAUAGUAUGUUAACUAUGCCUCCGCCGGAAAACAGCAAAAACGGCAUGUUUUCAGCAGAAGAGAAUAUCAAAAUCAGAGCAUUGUUGAGGGAAAUUUAUGAACAUCACAACUUGAUUAUAAAAUUCGUGAACAAGUGUUCCAACGCAUUCAGCGAGUACCUGUUCACAUUCUACAUGUUCAUGCAGUUCAUCACAUGCAUCUUGCUGCUGGAAGUAUCUUCGUUCACAGGAGACGCGCUGGCUAAGUACGCCCCCUUGACCAUUGGAAUGAAUCAGCAGUUAAUGCAAGUGUCUAUACUUUUUGAAAUGUUAAAUACAAAGAGCGAGCAACUGAUCGAUGCCGUAUAUGCCAUACCAUGGGAACAAAUGGAUAAGAGGAACAGAAAAUCAGUUUUGUUCAUGAUACGCAGGAUCCAAACCCCUGUCAGUUUGAAGGCUGGUGGAAUAGUUCCUGUGGGAGUCAGAACUAUGACGGCGGUUCUGAAGGGUUCGGUCACAUACUACAUGAUGCUGAAAGCUUUUGCUGCUGAACGCUAAAUCUGGUAAGAGAAGUGGGGGAA